AUGGUCACCACACAAUCAAAACCCGAGUCUUCUGGUCUGGACAUGUCGAAGUACAUCACUCCGUGGAAGCUUGAUCCGCAGCAACCAUACCUCCUGAAAAAUUGCAGAAUUGUUGACCCUGUUCAUGGAUCGAUCAGCAGCAAUGCCACUAUCGCCCUGUCCGCCGGCAAGAUUAUUUCCGUUGAAGCAGGCGAGCCAGCAAAGUCGGAUAGUCUUGAGAUCAAGACAGAGAACAUUAUCGAUCUUGAGGGAAAAUAUGUCUGCCCCGGUCUGAUCGACUGCCAUGUCCACAUCGCAGUUACACCAGGCGCAGCCAGUCUGGCGUCGUACCGAGAUAUGACUGAAACCAAAAGCCUUCUGCGGCAGCCUAGUGUUCUGAAGUCAAUGCUCCAGCGCGGGUUCACUACUGUCAGAGACUGCGGUGGUGCAACUCUCGCCAUGAAAGAGGCCGUUGAAGAGGGCAUCUAUCCCGGUCCGCGCCUCUUCAUCUCUGGAAAGGCUCUGUCCCAGACUGGCGGCCACGGCGACAUGAGAGGGCGACACGACACCAUCCCUUGCUGCGGCGGCGCUGUUUCGGGCAUCAGUCGAAUCGUAGAUGGGGUGCCGGAAUGCUACCGUGUUGCUAGAGACGAGCUGCGCCAAGGUGCAGACUUCAUCAAGAUCAUGGGCGGUGGUGGCGUUGCCAGUCCAACUGACCGCAUCGAUCAGCUUCAGUUCUCUGACGACGAAAUCAAGGCUAUAGUCACCGUCGCAAAUAACGCAAAGACAUAUGUCACGAGUCACUGCUAUACCACAGAGGCAGUGACACAGGCCAUCAACCAGGGCGUCAGGGGUAUUGAGCACGGCAACCUGAUCGAUCUCGAAACUGCAAAAUUGAUGGCGGAUACGGGGACCUUUCUCACGCCGACGCUUGUCACUCACUUCGUAUCAAAGGAGUCACAUUUCCUAGAUGCUGAGUCAGAGGCCAAAGUCACCACUGUACUUGAACAGGGCUUAGUUACACUCAAGAUGGCAACUGAGGUCGGUGUCACAGUAUGUUUCGGAACAGAUCUGCUGGGUCCAACUCACUUCGCUCAGUCGAAAGAGUUCUCUAUUCGCAGUCAAGUCCAGACAUCUCUUCAGAUUCUGCAAAGCGCCACUAUCAAUGCCGCCAAGCUGCUUGGCCAAGAAAACAAGCUUGGCCAGGUCAAGGAAGGAUUCAUGGCAGAUUUAUUGAUUCUAGAUCGUAACCCUCUGGAUGAUAUCACAAUCCUGGACAAGUCUCAGGAGUCUAUAUUGGCUGUUGUGAAGGAUGGCAGGGUCAUGCAUUCGCAUCUGAGCUAUAUGAAAGAAGAGCCGAGAGUCUGA